UAGUUAUUGACAGACUGACUAAUAACUACUCGUUAUAUUUUCUAUCACCAAGGUUUUCACAUUUUUUGUUUUCACUAACAUCCCAGUACUUAGUUGCAAGUGAAGCUUAAAGGAACAUGAGCAUUGUUUCCUGCUCUUCAAUCCACAAAUCCUGAUGUAUUCUUGGAGAACACAUUGUUAUAUGGAAUAAAACCUAAUAUUUGCUAUCCCUUCAAUCAAAAAAGGGCCCAUUGAAACUAAAAUCUGACCUAAUCCCAUGAAAUUAUUUGUAUGUUGUCAAAGGUCAAACUUCUGAAGAGCAGCAGCGGGUAGGUCACUAUUCAGAAUUGUAUAAAUUCCCAAGGGCUCAGCCAGUCUCCACAUACAGCUAGAAAGCUGUAUUGCCUUUGGUGCUGAAGCUCAAAAGGCAAUACUGGUUUCACAAUGGGAUCCAUAGGUGCAGCAAGCACAGAAUUUUGUAUUGAUGUAUUCAGGGAGCUGAGAGUCCAGCAUGUCAACAAGAGCAUCUUCUACUCACCCCUGAGCAUCGUUUCAGCUCUGUCCAUGGUCUACCUAGGUGCAAGAGAAAACACCAGGGCUCAGAUAGAUCAGGUUGUUCCCUUUGAUAAAAUCACCGGGUUUGGAGACACUGUUGAACCUCAGUGCGGCUCAUCUCUAAGCGCCCACAAUUCACUUAAAAACGUGUUCACUCAAAUCACCCAAACAAAAGACAAUUAUUCGCUCAACCUUGCCAGUAGACUUUAUGCUGAAGAGUCAUACCCAAUCCUACCGGAAUACUUACAAUGUGUGAAGGAACUAUAUAAUGGAGGCUUGGAAACUGUCAGCUUUCAAACAGCUGCAGAUCAAGCCAGAGAGCUCAUCAAUUCUUGGGUUGAAAACCAGACUAACGGAAUGAUCAAAAAUAUCCUUCAGCCGAGCUCUGUGGAUCCCCAGACUGAAAUGGUCCUUGUCAAUGCCAUUUACUUCAAAGGACUGUGGGAGAAAGCAUUUAAGGAUGAAGAAACCCAGAUAGUGCCUUUCAGAAUUACUGAGCAAGAAAACAUACCCGUGAAGAUGAUGUAUCAGUUUGGUUCAUUUAAAGUGGCAGUGGUGGCUUCUGAGAAAAUUAAGAUCCUGGAGCUUCCAUAUGCCAGUGGGCAGCUGAGCAUGCUGGUUCUGUUGCCUGAUGAAGUCUCUGGCUUGGAGCAGCUUGAGAAUGCAAUCACCUUUGAAAAACUUAUGGAAUGGACCAGUUCUGAUUUAAUGGAAGAGAGGAAAAUAAAAGUGUUCUUCCCACGUGUGAAGAUUGAGGAAAAAUAUAACCUCACAGCUGUCUUAGUGGCCUUGGGUAUAACUGACCUGUUCAGCUCAUCAGCCAAUCUCUCUGGCAUCUCUGCAGCAGAGAACCUGAAGAUGUCUAAAGCUGUCCAUGAGGCAUCUGUAGAAAUCUAUGAAGCAGGCAGUGAGGUGGGAGGCUCAUCAGAAGCUGGGAUAGAUGUUGCAAGUGACUCUGAAGAGUUUAGGGCUGACCACCCUUUCCUCUUCUUGAUCAAGCACAACCCAACAAACAGCAUCCUCUUCUUUGGCAGAUGCUUUUCCCCUUAAAGCAAAGAAAGCUGAAAGAAUUUCUGUCCCUCACAGCAAGACCCAAAGCACUGCAGUAUCAAGGGUAAAAAGAAAUGCAUACUCUCUCUUUCACCCAUAUUUUCUGAAACCAGAAGCUUUUCUUUAUUCAGAAAAAAGAAAAAAGCUAAAUCAGAGAAAUUAUGCCAAGAAAACAGAGGCCCUUUGCCUUUCCUUUCUGCAAGUAAUAUUAUCUACUCAUAGAUGAAGAGUUAAGUGAAUGAAAUUUGGACCCAAAGAAAGAAUGAGAAUGAACAGAGAUGUUUGUGGUGCAAGUUAACAGUAGUAGUGCCAAAUCAUCACACUGAAACAACACAGCCACAAUUU